CCUGCUUCUGCCUCGUCCAAUCACAUGCCCUCGAGGGCGGGACCUCAUCCUGCACAACGAUCAACUCCAAAAUUCAACGGUGGUGUUGUGAGUCGUGAAUCCGGUGAUCACAGAGUUGUUUAUGGAAACGAAUCGAGCUCAGGUGCAGUGAGUGAAAGUUGCGUGUCUGUGUUCUAAGGAAAAACCACAUGAGUCCACGAGUGUUCUUAAACGAAGCUUCCAGAGUCCGCAGAUGACAGUACUCAGCUAACUCGGCUAAGCUAACCACCUAGCCCAAGCAUCAUGCCCAAUUUUUGCGCGGCCCCGAACUGUACACGGAAGAGCACUCAGUCGGACUUGGCUUUUUUUCGGUUUCCACGGGAUCCAGAGAGAUGUCGAAUCUGGGUAGAGAACUGCCGCAGGGCCGAUCUCGAGGCGAAAACAUCGGACCAGCUGAACAAGCACUACAGAUUAUGCGCCAAACACUUCGAUCCAGCCAUGGUCUGCAAAACUAGCCCCUAUAGGACGGUACUGAAGGAUACAGCCAUCCCAACCAUAUUCGAUUUGACGAGCCAUCUCAAAAACCCUCACUCCAGACAUCGCAAGCGGAUUAAAGAGCUUACUGAAGAAGACAUAAGAAAGAUUAAAGAAAGGAGAUUGGCGUCCUCCACUGAGCAGCUUGUGUCCAAGAAAGAUGCAGUUGAGGACAGCACGAGCACCACCGAGGAAGAACCUCAGCUGUCCACAGAGGAGAAGGAGUUCCGGGAAUACCUGAGGUCCAUGUUUGAGGUCGUGGUAAUGUUGGCAAAACAGAGCAUCCCGUUAGUGGCGGACCAGGCGACCGAACCCGAGCGCAAGUCCAGCAACCUGCAGGCCCUUCUAGAUUACCGCAUGAACGCCGGAGAUGAAGCUUUGAAGAAGCGGUUCGAGGCGACGGCUGUGAACACAGACUACCUCUCGGCGACCCAGCAGAGUCAGCUGCUGGAUGUGUGUGAGAACACGGUGAGAGAGGAGAUGAUAAUGGAGGUGAGAGAGAGUCGCUUCUUCUCCCUAGUGACGGGCGACCUCGUCGAGUUCUCCAACGAGAGGCACCUUCCUCUGUUUCUACGCUUCGUGAAUCAGCAGAACGUUCUUCGGGAGGAGUUUGUAGACUUUGUGCUGUUCGAUGGAGACGAGGCCUCGCUGGUGGAGCGGCUGGAGGCCCAGCUGACCGAGCGGUGGGGGCUCAGCAUGGAGGACUGCCGUGGUCAGGCCCACAAGGCCACAGGGAGUUCCACCACCAAGAUGAAAGCUGUGGCGGUGUUGCUGAUGGAGAAGUACCCCCUGCUUCUGAGCUUGCCGUGCUCCCACAUGGCACUGAACAUCCACCUGGCCAGCAGCCUGCCUUUUCCAAAUGUGCAGGUGGUCAUGGAGACUCUGAGGCGGGUUGAUGCUUUCUUCAGACGGCCGCUCACUCAGGAGGAGCUCGAGAUCGCUGUCUCCUCUCACUACCAGAAAAACGAGGACAAGGUCACUGCAGUGAAACAGGCUUGUGGCUCAGGCUGGACGCAGCAGCACAGUGCUUUUGACAUAUUCCUGGAUCUGCUGCCGCCCCUGCUGCUGUGCAUGGACAACAUCCGGGACAAUGAUGAUGGGAAGUUUGCCGGCAGCGUCACAACCGAUGCGUAUUCUAUCACCGAAAUUCUUUUCGACUUUGAGAUCAUCGUCACCAUCGUCAUCCUGAAGAAUGUUCUCACGUUCACCAGAGCUUUUGGGAGGAAUCUCCAAGGGGAAACACUGGAUGUGUUCUUUGCUGCCAACAGUCUAACCGCCGUGCUGCAUUCACUGAACGAGGUCAAUGACAACAUUGAUGUCUACCAUGAGUUCUGGUAUGAGGAGGCCGUGAGCCUGGCCAAUGUCAUGGAGGUUCCAGUGAAGGUCCCGAGGCUGUUCCUCCGGAAGCAGCGCGUAGCCGACAUGGACGAAAUCCAAACAGAGUCGUAUUUUAAGGAGUAUGUGACCGUCCCUGUUAUCCGUGGCAUCAUGCAGGAAGUGGAGGACAUGUUCUGUGACACCAACCUCAAAGCUCUCAAGUGCCUGUCACUGGUCCCUGCUGUCAUGGGCCAGAUGAAGUUCAACACCACCGAGGAGAACUACGCAGAUGUUUACCGCAACGACCUCCCCAACCCGGACACGCUACCGGCCGAGCUGCACUGCUGGAGGAUCAAGUGGAAGCACCGGGGCAAAGAGGUGCGCCUGCCCACCACCAUCCACGAGACCCUGCAGCUUCCGGACGUCAAGUUCUUUCCCAACGUGAACUCCUUCCUCAAGGUGCUCUCCACCUUACCUGUGCUGAAGCUGGAAGAAAACAAAAGCGACACGGCGAGCGAGCGGCUGCAGGCGUAUCUGGACAGCAUGCCCGCCAAGCAGUGGAACAGAAGUCUGGCAAUGCUCAACGUCAACACGCACGUCAAACACGACCUGGACGUCAUGGUAGACAAAUACUGCAGACUCUAUUCAGAGGAUGACCCGGAAGCUGAGGAAGCGCCGGCUGAGGAGGCGCCGGCUGAGGAGGCGCCGGCUGAGGAAGCGCCGGCUGAGGAAGCUCCGGCUGAGGAAGCUCCGGCUGAGGAAGCUCCGGCUGAGGAGGCGCCGGCUGAGGAACCGGCAGCUGAAGAAGCGGCGACUGAGGCCGAUUCUGUGAUGGAAUCAUAA